AUGUUUUUGUGCCGUCACUAUCAAGAAAACAAGCAAAGAAGAGGAAUAAAACAAUCGAUUGGUGGUGCGCUGCACCAGGUGCAGGGGACGGCAGAAAGAUUCCUGAUGCAAUCAACAAAGGAAAACUGUGACGCUCCUUCUCCAAAGAGGAAAAGAGAAACUUCUAGUGUUUGGCAGCAUUUUAAGAAAACAGCGGACAAGGCAAAGGCUAUUUGUACCCACAGCGGAAAAACUUUGAAAACAGGAGGCAACACCACAAACUUGAUGGAUCACCUCAAACGUAUCCAUCCGAAUUACAAAGAGGAGAAUACCUCGGAUUCAUCAAAGUUGAACGUGUUCCUGCAAUGUGGAGUAUGCAAGUGGAGUAUGUGGAGUAUGCGUAAGAUUCGCAACAAAAAAAAAAGCUGGAUAGGUACGUCAUGCUUAUGAUAGCAAAAGAUGUUCAACCUUUUAGCAUGGUUGCUGACGAAGGCUUUCGUGACCUUAUGAAACAAAUGGACCCAAAGUACAAUCUGCCGAGCCGCAUAUACUUCCGCGACACAAUGCUCCCCAAGUUGUACGAUGAAAUAAAACUAAAUCUUGAAAGCGAA